CGCUCCGGAAGUGACGUAGGAGUGUCAACAUGCAAGAUGGCGGCCCAUCACCGGCAGAAUACAGCAGGGCGGAGAAAAGUACAGGUUUCCUAUGUUAUUCGAGAUGAAGUGGAGAAGUACAAUAGAAACGGAGUGAACGCCCUGCAGCUGGACCCAGCACUCAAUAGACUUUUCACCGCCGGCCGAGACUCCAUCAUAAGAAUAUGGAGUGUCAAUCAGCACAAGCAAGAUCCAUACAUAGCAUCUAUGGAACACCAUACCGAUUGGGUAAAUGACAUUGUGCUCUGUUGUAAUGGGAAGACAUUAAUAUCUGCUUCUUCUGACACAACAGUAAAAGUAUGGAAUGCACAUAAGGGAUUUUGCAUGUCAACAUUAAGGACACAUAAGGAUUAUGUAAAGGCCUUAGCCUACGCCAAGGAUAAAGAACUGGUAGCAUCUGCUGGGCUGGACAGACAAAUAUUCCUUUGGGAUGUGAAUACUCUCACAGCAUUGACUGCCUCAAAUAACACUGUCACAACUUCUUCUUUAAGUGGGAACAAAGAUUCCAUAUAUAGCCUGGCAAUGAAUCAACUGGGAACAAUCAUUGUAUCAGGGUCCACUGAAAAGGUAUUAAGGGUAUGGGAUCCAAGAACAUGUGCAAAACUAAUGAAGCUUAAAGGACACACAGAUAAUGUGAAAGCAUUGCUGUUGAACAGAGAUGGCACACAGUGCCUUUCUGGCAGUUCUGAUGGCACAAUUCGCCUUUGGUCCCUUGGCCAGCAGCGAUGUAUAGCAACGUAUCGGGUCCAUGAUGAAGGGGUCUGGGCUUUGCAAGUCAAUGACACCUUUACACAUGUGUAUUCUGGAGGAAGGGACAGAAAAAUUUAUUGUACAGACCUAAGAAACCCUGACAUCCGGGUGCUAAUUUGUGAAGAAAAAGCACCAGUUCUCAAGAUGGAACUUGACAGAUCAGCUGAUCCCCCUCCUGCAAUCUGGGUUGCAACAACUAAGUCUACAGUAAAUAAAUGGACAUUGAAGGGAAUUCAUAAUUUCAGAGCUUCUGGAGAUUAUGACAAUGACUGUACAAAUCCUAUAACACCCCUUUGUACACAACCUGACCAGGUUAUUAAAGGGGGUGCUAGUAUUAUUCAGUGCCACAUUCUUAAUGAUAAGAGGCAUAUAUUAACCAAAGAUACCAAUAAUAAUGUGGCAUAUUGGGAUGUAUUGAAGGCAUGUAAAGUUGAAGAUCUGGGCAAAGUGGAUUUUGAAGAUGAAAUUAAGAAAAGGUUUAAGAUGGUGUAUGUGCCAAAUUGGUUUUCAGUAGACCUAAAAACAGGGAUGUUGACUAUUACUUUGGAUGAGAGUGACUGUUUUGCCGCUUGGGUUUCUGCAAAAGAUGCAGGCUUCAGUAGCCCUGAUGGCUCAGAUCCAAAACUGAACUUGGGAGGACUUUUACUUCAGGCACUCUUAGAAUAUUGGCCUAGGACACAUGUGAAUCCAAUGGAUGAAGAAGAAAAUGAAGUGAACCAUGUAAAUGGGGAGCAGGAGAACCGAGUACAGAAGGGAAAUGGAUAUUUUCAAGUGCCGCCCCAUACCCCUGUGAUCUUUGGUGAAGCUGGAGGUCGCACACUCUUCAGGCUGCUCUGCAGAGAUUCUGGAGGUGAGACUGAGUCGAUGCUUCUUAAUGAGACGGUGCCACAAUGGGUAAUUGACAUCACUGUGGAUGAUAAAUUCCUAGAAGUGGAAUUGCUGGAUCAAAGGAAAAAUAUGCCCAAAUUCAACAAAAUUCCUUUCUACCUCCAACCUCAUGCAUCUUCGGGAGCAAAGACCCUAAAAAAAGAUAGACUCUCUGCUAGUGACAUGCUCCAAGUUCGGAAAGUAAUGGAACAUGUUUAUGAAAAAAUCAUCAACUUGGAUAAUGAGUCUCAAACCACUAGCUCUUCUAAUAAUGAAAAACCAGGAGAACAGGAAAAAGAAGAGGAUAUUGCUGUGUUGGCUGAGGAGAAAAUUGAACUUUUGUGCCAGGACCAGGUUUUGGAUCCAAAUAUGGACCUUCGAACAGUGAAACACUUCAUAUGGAAGAGUGGUGGUGACCUCACCCUCCAUUACCGUCAGAAGUCCACGUGAAGGGUGGGCGAACGCUCCUGGGUAUUCAUUUACUGACCUUCCUCUAUGGCCCCAAGAGUAGUCCUAGGAAGCCCACUGAGCCCCAACGGGAGCAAGACUUCUAACGGCCGAUUUGGUAUGGACCGAGAUUCUCUUUCAAUUGCAGUGACUAAUUGAGAUGUAAUAUAGAAACCAGUCUCCAUGUGUAGAUUAAGCUGUCCCUUGGGAGGCAGGGUGCAAGAGCAGAAGAACCCCGAGCAGACUGUCUUGGGAGAUGUACAGAGAACUGACCACAGGCCAGCACAGACUUUGCUUCCUCCCUUUGUUUCAAAGGACCUUAUCUUUGUUAGCAGUUGUUAGAGACACAUCGGUAGGGCCCAUCUGUCACUGUGUUUCAACUUUAAACCUACAUGCUCUGUAGCUUUUCUAAGAGAUUACAUUCCAUUCGUGCAGUACCUAUGAAGGCUUUUCCAAGUUUGUCAUUAAAAAACAAAAAACGUUAUCACCAUUUAAGACAGUUCUUUUUAAUAGGAAUUUGCCGUUGCACAAUUCAAGAGCCAGCCCAUUUCACAAUAAAUGAUUAUCAUUGGGCUUGUUUUUAAUAUUGCAUCUCAGAUGUGUUCUUAUAGAGAGAUCUGUUGAAAUUUCAGGUGCUGGAUCAUAACACUUGGCCCGCCAGGCCAGAGUAUACCCAGCCCAUACCCAGUGAUGCUGCACACUCCCCACCCCCACCUAGUGCCCUGGACGGCGCCGCCACAGGGGCACGCGCCCAUCCGCUCCUUCCUCCACUGUGUCCAGUGUUAGCACAGGCAGCGCCAGAUGACACCACAGGUUCUAACUCUGGGUGAGAAGCAUGACACCACCAAACUUAAUGCCAUGACAUUUCUAAAUUCAUUUAGAAGCUACUUAAAAUUCCUGGUGUCAGAAUAAAAGGAUAUUAUGGUGAGUUAAUUUGAUACUCAUAUCCUGGAAGUACACGUUUGGUUUUCCAAUUUUAUAUGCAGGUUUCUGUUGCUACUGUGCCUAUAUCCAGAUUUCCUUUUACUCUUCGAGCAGUCUAAAGCUUUCAUAGAAUCAUUUGGAUCUUGUACAGACUAUAAGUUAUUGGGGAUAAAUACUUCAACUUUUGGUGGAAGAAAAAAAACUUUGGAUUCUCCCCAACGUCAUUUGUAUUCAGAAUAGAUCAGUGGUCCACCCCCAUAAAACCACUUAAGACAAGCCUCAUGUAUGAAGCCAGAAGCACAAGUGCCUUCAGCGGGCAGUUUAUUCCAGUCCAGUUGCCUCCCCAGCUUGUGUGUGGCCUGUCCCCACAACAGCAGGGACUGGGGAGGGGGUAGGGAAGGUUUUUCUUUUCUACAUCUUCGCAGGUUCAGCUGGAAGCAGCUGAUGGGCCUGGGUCCAGAUCUAUCUGAGAUACUCCGUCUGCACAACUGUAGACAGGGCUCCCUCACUGCUGGUCAGCUGCCUUUGGAAAGUGGACCAGUCAUUGCCUCUGGCACUUUGAAGAUGCGAGCAAAGACAUGCCACAUUUCCAAUGAGUCUUUCUCCCUCGUGCAGAAAGCAGCUGGCUUCUUUUUUAAAUCCUUUCUAUCUGUUGGAUACGACAGUGCACUUUUGGUGCACAUUUUUUAGCAAUAGUUGUGAAUUAAUGGCAAACAAACAAACAAACAAAACCAGAAUAGCUCAUUUACCAGCCCUCGGUUGUGUUUGCACAAGGGGCCCUUGGGCUGCAGGACCGGGCUCUGUUGGGCAACUUCGCCCUGCGCGCAGAGCCUCGGGCAGCUGUGCGCCCUCCUGUCGUAGCUCUCUGACCCCAGCCCCAGCAUGGUUGUACCUUUUUCCUUCCAGUCAAACCAGUAAUAGUUUCCAGAAAACAGUCUGCAAUGCCAAAAGGGUAAAAAUCUGUAUUUCACAGUUGUAUAGAAUAAAGGCUUUAGUUAAAAUA